AUGAAUCACGAUCCUUUCCAUUGGGGAAAACCAUUGGAUUCUGUCUAUGGCCCAUACAACACGCAAAUCGCACAAGCAAGCAAUCAGCGCCCGGAAAACGUUCGCACCAAUGCUGAAUUCCCUUCCAUGCACACCCAACAGCCAAUGAUCACAGGUACGUCGGUUAUUGCUGUGCGUUAUAAAGACGGUGUCGUCAUGGCGGCAGAUAAUAUGGGAGCCUACGGCUCUCUUAUGAAAUUGGAUGAUGUGGAGAGAAUUAUUAGGGUCGGUUCAGAGACGAUUGUCGGAAUUUCUGGUGAUAUCAGUGACUUGCAAUAUUUGGAAAGAAUUCUAGACGAUCUCGCAGUGGAGGACUCCUACGACAUGGAGCAAGAUAAUCUGAAAGCAAGCUACGUCCACGAAUACCUAACUAGAGUGCUAUACAAUCGCCGGUCUAAGAUGGAUCCGUUGUGGAACGCGUGUAUCGUUGCUGGUUUCGACGAAGAAGGCGAGCCGUUUAUGAAGUAUGUUGACCUUUUAGGCGUGUCUUACGCUUCUCCAUCCUUAGCUACUGGAUUUGGAGCACAUUUGGCGAUUCCUUUGCUUAGGCAAAAAGCAGAUACCAUGAAAGAUGUCGAGAAAUUGACCAAAGAAGACGCCGUCAACUUGGUGAAAGACUGUAUGAAGAUUCUGUUUUAUAGAGAUGCAAGGUCCUUGGACAAGUACACUUUGUGCGUUGUGGACAAGACGACAAAGAACAUCGAGUUUCACAAAGAUGUCAAGUGCGAGGAUAUGAAGUGGGACUUCGCCAAGCAUAUCACGGGCUACGGGUUACCACAAUUAUAG